AGACAGGCCAGGCAUCUGUGUACGGUAGGUGUGGACUUAGAGAAGUGUUUGAACAGAACCUACCAACAUGGCGAGGUGCGCUGCUACGCUGCUUCCGCGUUGAGGCAGAUCAGGCGUUUGAAUCUGGACGAUCUGACGGCAUUGCAUUCUUGGGAAAUCGCACAAGCUUGCGUUUUAUGAUCACUUUAUCAAUAUUUUAGCCUUUGAUAAUGGACAAGCCUCAGAUAAUCACGCACCUGGAGAAAUCAAUGAAUCAUACCCUGUAUGAUGUCGUUUGGAUACCAAGCUCAGCCAAAUUCGUGACACUGGGCUCGUCAACUAGGGCGAGAGGCACGCUCCACAUUUUUGAGCUGGGCAGUGAGGCAUUGGAACCCAUCAAAAGUGUAGAAAAGCCUCAAGGCCUGAAAUGUGGUACAUUCGCCGGCUCCAGCCUGGCGGACCGCCAUCUUGCCACCGGCGACCAUGAGGGGUCUUUACAGACGUGGGAUCUGGAGCACCUCAGCAAGCCAGUGUAUUCUGUGCGCGCGCACCAGAAGAUGGUGAACGCUCUGGACGGCGUGGGCGGUGCCGGUCGGCAGCAGGGCGCGCCGGAGCUGGUUACUGGCAGCAACGAUGGCAGCGUCAAGGUGUGGGAUGUUCGCCAGGAGACGCCGGUGGCGGUGAUGGAGCCGGCCGAGGGCGAGCCACGCAGAGACUGCUGGACUGUGGCGUUCGGCAACAGCUACAGUGCCACCGAACGCUGCGUCUGUGCUGGCUACGACAACGGUGACAUCAAGCUGUUCGACCUGCGCGCCAUGAAGGUGCGAUGGGAGACAAACGUCAAGAACGGCGUGUGCAGCGUGCAGUUCGACAGACGCGACAUCGAGAUGAACAAGAUCGCGGCGACGACGCUCGAGUCGGGCGUGCACGUGUUUGACGCGCGCACUCAGCACCCAGAGCGCGGCCUGGCCUGCCUGACGGAGCGCGCGCACAAGUCGACCGUCUGGCGCGUGCGCCACCUGCCGCAGAACCGCGACAUUUUUAUGACGACCGGCGGCAGCGGCUCGCUCAACCUCUGGCACUACACGUACCCGGGAAAGCGGCGCGAACGGGACGCCGGAGGCGACUUUGGCGUGAUGGGCACGCUCACACAGCUGCAGAACGGCAUCGUGUCUUCACAGCCGGUGUGCGCCUUCGACUGGUCACCUGACAAGCGCGGGCUGUGUGCCUGCGUCGCGUUCGACCAGACCGUGCGGGUGAUCAUCGUCACCAAGCUGCAGCUCUUCAACUGAGGCGGCGGCAGGUCGGCCCGGAAAAUGACCAGGCGGCUUCCCCGAGCUCGGCUGGGGAAGCACCUGUGCAGGUAGCUAGCGACGAGGCUUCGUGAAACCUCCGGUGUCAUGGCCGACGACGCGCGCGUUUCGGUCUGUGUCGGUCCCAACGCGCUGACCGGCGGACGGGCAGUACCACAGGGCAGUGGGCGACGCGUAUUGGCAGUGAGGGCUGUAUCCGUCGUAUAAGUGACUGGUGACUCCAGUCCUAUUCGUAUCUUGGAGAUUUCGUCGAUGAGUUGUCAGUUUAAAGGACUGAGCCGUCAUUCCGCGUCAGUUGUCAGUUGAGAUGAACAUCAGCUCUGCUGAGUGGCGCUUGCCGUUUUGAUUAUUGAUCUGACACGCCCUUUGUUCAAUGGCUUUGACUGGUCGCUGGCAAGUCCGGUGAAUAAUGAAGA